UCGAUUUCUGCGAGCGAUCAUUGAGGCUCAAGGUGAGGCGAGAGAAGAGCCAAGGCUUGACCCACGCUUGUCGAGGAGAACCACACACUGCGGCUAGAGCUGGGCAAAGACCGACAAGACCUGGAGUUCGGUGCUAGCUGCUCCUCCGUCGCCACUCAACACAACGGCACCUACUGCAUCUCCUCCAACGCGCCGUUGGAGUUGGAGUCGCACUCUCCUUUCCCUCAAUCGCGCCCAGGCCUAGUGGUGCCGUAGUGCGGCAGUGCAGUACGACUGUUCUCGCACCUUCCGUUCACGCAAGCGCAACCUUUGCUCCUGUCGUUGUCUCAGAACCCCUGCGCCACGCCUCCCCCCUGCAACCGGGAUAAGAAGAAGGGAAAAGAAAAUCUCUGAUCGAGAUUCCUGCCCGGCUGAUAGAAUCUUUGGCAGCCACAUCCAUGGAUAUACUGCUAGGUUCCGGGAGAUUCUUGGCGCGACGGCUUCCUCCCCUCGCGCUCGUCCCUCGCUGCUCUCGAGGCUCCCCGGACAAAAGCGGCAGCGACAAAGGUGAAACCUCUACUGACUGGGACAAGGCAUGGGCUAGCUUUAAGAAUAAAGGGAAGAGGACCCUCUUUUCUGAUUUCUCACCAAACAAGUACGUGACCUGGAACCCACGGCGCAGCGAGUAUCCAUUGUCAGAAGAGGUUGAUCCAAUCAAGAGAACUGAAAGAUCUAACUUGAUGCUGUGGACAAGUCCCCAGUUUACCUUGGUGGGGGCAAUUAUCAUCGUCUUGACAUUACUAAUCUAUACACUAGUUGUUCCUCCCAAGUAACUGCAGAGGUGACAGCUAGGAGGUGAGCUGUAAACUAAUAUUUCUACUGGGAAGUAUGUAUUGUACAUUUUUACAUGUAUUAAACCAACUAUAGCAGUAUUGCUUCAAUUGCAAUCAAGUAGAUAUAACACCACGUCCAUUCCAUUCUGGAGGUUUUCUUCAAUUGUAUACUAAAUGGCUGCUCUCCGAGUCUUUAUUCCUCCAUUAUAACGAAGAAAUAUUUGGGAUGGGUAGAAUAAUAUGUUGGUCGGUUUUCUAUAAUCACAAUACAUGUUGAUGCUCCUGA